AUGGAUAAAUCGGCCAAAAAUAACAAUAAAUAUCUGUUUUAUGAUGAUUUAGAUGAUAAUAUAAAUGGCUAUACAGAAGGGAACUAUUAUUUCAAUAAUAUGUCAUAUCCAUUCACUCCAAAUGGAAAAAACUCAUUCUAUGAUGAUACUUUUAUAGAUAAUUCGAAGAAGUAUUUUAAAAUGAAGUUGAGGUCGACGGUCGCAGACUCAAAAUUCAGAGAACAGUCGGCAUAUAACGUAAACUCAAAGCCGAAGAGAGAAAAGACCAGCGAAGAGAGUAGUAAGACGGAAGAUAUGUUCGAUUUUUCAUACAACGACGCGAAAAAUGCGGAAACGCAAUUUAAGGACUUUUACGAACGCACAUUCACGAAAAAGACCGACUACGAUAAAGCCAGCGAAUUCAGCGGAAUUGACAUGUUCGACCAAGAUGUAAGCAAGGAGGACUCAGAAAACUAUGAUAUAAACUACUUCGUGAACCAGUCGAAGACAAAUGGUAACAUAUUUGGAGAUGGUAAAGGAGGCGGGCAGGAGGACGGCAAGUUUGAUUUAUUGGACCUGGUGUCGACCUUGAGAGAUAUAGCAAAUAAAAUUGAGUUCAACGACUACAAAAACACCUCGAAAACAAUGAAGUACGAAGACCACAUCCUAUUCUUGAACAAUAAGAUAUCGAGGUUGAACGAAGAGUUGAAGGUAUCACGAAAGGAGCUUGAUGCAACGAAGAGUAAAAUGGAGGAAAAAAUAGGAGAGUUGGAAUCGCACAUAAGGCAGUUGACGUCGAUGGUGAGGGAGAGUGGAAGCGACACGUUCGACCUGGGCUUCACAGAGAACGUAGUGGGAAAGUCGAGUGAAGUCAGUAGCACGACAAUCCCGGCAGUGACGGUGGAGUUCUCAGAGUUGGACCAGGAGAGUAAGGCAUUCGCAAACAGGCUCAUGAGGUACCUGUACGCGGACAUAAACGACUCGGAGUCGUCGCAGUUCAUGCCAAGGCUAUACAAGUGCCUGAAGCAGAUGCCGGAAGUGGUGCAGUGUAAGCAGGUGGUGAAGCACAUCGAAGACUGCAUACGCAGAGACGCGCAGAAGAUACACGCGAGGCUAUCGCAAAACGGACUCUUGGCGGAGGAGGAGCUUUUUGUAGAUUCAGUGUUCGGAAUACCGCAGUCAAACGCGGAGAGGCAAGUGGUGUCGGAACUGGAGUCGACGCUCCAGUUUACGUCGAACAGUAAGGGGGCGCACUCUGAGUCGAGUCUGCUCUCGCCAAAAGCGGGAAAGAGCUCGGGAGAGGAGGUGCCAUACACGAAGACGCACGUGAUCAUGAACAGAGGAGUCGCGUGGGCAAUAUUCAAGGCGACGAGCAUGAACAGCCUCUACAACUACCUCUUUGAGGCGCUCGACUGCGACAACUUCAGAAUCGUGGAGACGAUCAACUACGCAAUCUGCUCGAAGUUCAUGGACUUCCAGCUGGCGCAGAAGUACGAAGGGAAGGUGAGGCACCCGCUGAUGUGGUCCUUCGGACAGAACUGCAACAGCAGUCAGGCGUACAGAUACGUAAAAAUGCUCAACUAUAACUUCCAUAAGCUGCCGAGUGACCCGACGACGGGAGAUAACCUGUGGCACAUGGUGGCCAGAGGAAACAGCACGUACCUGGCUCAGAGGCUAAAGUCGUUCUCAAUAUACACGCAAAACCUGAACGAAGUAAACAAGGCAGGGAGGACGCCGCUGGACAUUUCGACGAACGUCGUGAGGAGGGAGCUCUACGUGAACCUGAUUGUGGAUCUGGCCUCGAAGGGCUCGGAGAUGUACAAAAGGACGGACUACGACAAGGCGCUGGAGUUCUACAACGACGCGAUAAACUACCAGUCGCAGCUGAUAACGAGCCGGUGCUUCAACGACAACGGAAGCGCGACGAGGGACUCCGCAACGUACACGGAUAACACGAGCAGCGGCACCGACAGGCAGAGCGGCAGAGACAGCCACAGCGGAGGAUACACUAGCACGACGGGAGGCACGGGCAGCAACGCGAACGGAGGCGGGCCGACGGCGACCACGCCAGGACUCUCGGGAAGGCCCGAGAGCAGAAGCGCAAGAGACGCUCCGGUCAGGUCGGACAACUACGACCUGAACAUGGGGAAGCUCUACUACAACAAGGCGAGGACGCUGAUGCACCUCAACCGUUGGGUGGAGUCGAUCGAGUACUGCGAAAUGUGCCUGAAGCACAUCCCGAACUACUACAACGCGUACGAGACGUGCGUGCGGGCCUACGAGAACCUGCUCGACUGGGACUCGGCGGCGAAGACCUGCGUCGCCAUGCGGGAGAACUGCGGCCUCAUGGACGAGCACAGGUACCAGUACAUCCUGGACCAGCGCGACGCGACGUACUUCCAGCUGCUCGACGUCGACAAGAACGCCUCGCAGGCGGACAUCAAGAAGGCCUUCAACGCAAUGUGCAAGAUAUGGCACCCAGACAAGAACACACACAAUUUGUCUGAAGACAUCAAAAAGAGGUGCAUAAACCACUUCAACAGGCUCUUUGAAGCGAGGGAGAAGUUAAUGGACCCUAGCAUCAAGUCGUUGCAGCAGAUGAAGAGAGAAACAAACUAUAAGGUGCCAAGCCCAUGUGUAAAUUCAGAAAGGACCCGAGAAGACGCGAAAGAACCACAGAAGGAGUCGUCGGUGGAGUUUUAUGCGGAAGAAACCAAGGAAUCCAACAGAUUCGAACCGCAGAACGAUGCCACGAGCUUGGGAGAGAAGAAGGCGCAAAAGUCAAGUGACCCUAAGCUCCUGAAGUCGAGAGAUACUUUAAAUGAGCUGACCAUGGAGAGGCUAAAAUUUAUGGACUCGUUUAACCUGCUCAAGGGGCAGGCCUCCUUCGACUACGAAUCGUUUUCAUGGGGACAGCUCUUCGCCUUUGGUGAAUUAACUUAA